AUGGCUUCCCUCCACUACCUCCCUCCUGUCAAGCCCUCGGCCAUUGCCCUCGGCACUGCUUUCAACCACGCCGUCUCGCUGGCAGUUCUCGGCCCCGUCUUCGGCGACGCCUACCGCCGCGCCCAGCAAGCCAACUCCAAGGAGGAGUACUUCCACUCCAAGGAGGCUGCUACCGCCGCCGCAUCGUGGGGAAGCUCGAUCCUCGGCUCUAGCAUCCAGGCCUACGGCGUCGGUGCCCUGAUCAACGCUACCGGUACUCUCACGUACAAGGGCGCCGCCUACCUCGGUUCUCUCAUCUUCUUUGCUUCUGCUGCUCCUUCGAUUGUCUCGCAGAUUGUCACGGAGAAGCGCCCCGUCGACACCAUUGCCAUUGGUGCCGUUGCCCGCGUCCUCGAGACUGUCGGCCUCAGCAUAUUCCUCACCUACUGGGGCACCCGCACCAACCCCUUUGACUAA